CUAAAAUGUAAAUGUCACGUACGUAUAAAAAGAAAGUUAAUCUGUAGAAAGGAUUAGAAUGAUAUUAUUGAAUUAUCAAGUGAAGCCAUAAUAAACUAGCGUAGUCAAAGCAUAAUCUUGAUUUUGUGAAUCAUUUUAACUGAACCAAGAAAAAUUUGGCCAAAAGAAGAUUACUUGUAGUGACAUUAUGGAGAAAUUCAUUGAAAUAUUUCUGACACUUGAUAGCAAUAAUAAUGGCAGGAUUGAGAAAGAUGAGCUGGUGAAAUAUUGCAAAAAAGAGAAUCUGGAUAUGAGUAUGGUACAAACAACUUUACAACGAUUUGAUACGAAUUCGGACGAUAAAAUCACCUUCUUGGAAUUCUGUGAAGGUCUUGGUCUCAAUCCUAACGAAAUGUUGACAGAAAAGAAGGAUAGACAGAAUAUGGCAGCAGGUAAAGCACCCGAAUUAGAUCCAGAUAUCGAAAUUUUAAGCAGUUCAAUGACGAAACAAAGACAAUGUGAAAUAACAAGGACAUUUAAAGAAAUACUGAAAUCUGAGUAUACAGAUGAAAAGUCAAUAAGCACUAUAGCUAACGAUGUUAAGAAGCAUUUAGAUCAGAAAUAUGGUGGAUUAUGGCAGGUGUUCAUUAUUGAUGGAUCGUUUUGGUCAAAUUUCAGUCAUGAACCUUUUCUAUCUAUACAAUUCAAGUAUGAUAAAUACCGCUGUGUGUUUUGGAGAAAUCCAGCUGAUUAGAUAACAAAAGAAGAUGCCGUCAGUGGAUCGCAUAUUUAAACUGUGAAAAAACACUCAGUUGCUUAAAUCAUGCAGAAAAAGAAGUCCUCCUCUGACGACUGCAUUUCUGCAAUAGAUUACUGGUUAUGAAACUAAUAUAUGUAUAAAAC